UUUUAGCAUGCAUCUUCCAAGAAUAAGAAUAUUCUCAUAUUUACUAUAAAACUAUUAUCCCGGAGAAAAUUCUAUACCAGGGGUCCACAAACUUUUUAUCUUAAAGACCAGAUAGUAAAUUUUGGGGGAUUUGCAUGACCCGGGAUUUCUGUGCACCUACUUAACUUUGCCAUUGCAGUGUAAAAACAGACAUAGACAGUAUAUAACAAAUGGAUGUAUCUGUGCUUUAGUAAAACUUCAUGCAUAAAAACAGGCUUUGGGCUAUAUUUAGUCUGCUGGGCCAUAGUUUGCCUAUCCCAAAUCAUUCAUAUUCAGAUUUCCCUAUUUCAUCAAAAAAAUUAUUUCCCACACUGCAUUUAGUUGUCUCUCUAAUUCUAGAACAGUGCCCUCUCCACACCUUCUCUUUAUUUUUGUGAAAUUAUUGGUUUUGAAGAGUCCAUGCCUCUUGUAGAAUGAGCUGCAUUCUGGAUUUAUUCAAAAGCUUCCUCAUUAUUAGAUUCAUGUUGAGCAUUUUUCGUAAAAAUGCUACAUAGGUGACGAGGCACAUGAUGUCCGGUUGUCUAAGUUUGAUCAUUUGACUAAGUUUAUGACUGCCAGAUAAUUCCAUUUUUUCCUUUUGUAGCUAGUAAGAAAUCAGUGUGGUAAUUGAUAAUGCAAAACUGUCCUGUACCCCCAUUUCUUUUGCCCAGUGUUUUUUGCAAUCAUUUGUGGUACUUGACUGGAUCAUUUAUUUCAUCGAUGGCUACAAAAUGGUGAUUUUGUAAAUCUAUUAUUUCUUCUGCAUUAGCUGGCAACAGUCUUCUGUAAAAAAGAAGUUUAUCAUUUUGAAUGUACCUUUUUUAGGAAUGGUUGUUUAGAAGAGAAAAAAAGGAAUAGUAGGUAUUGGGAAUGAAUAAACCCAGGAAAGGAGUGUUGCUAUUGUUAUUACUAUUAUUACUGUUUCGGUAACUCUUGUUAUUAUAUGUUUAGGAAUAUCCCUGAGGAGACAGUCCAAAGAAAGUUCUGUAAAACAGAGAGAGCUGUCUAAAGCUGGAGAUGGCGACAGUAUUGGUGAGUGCUCAUUCCCUGGCUCCCCUGAAUCUGAAGAAGGAGGGGCUUCAGGUAGUGAGGGAGGAUCACUACUCUCCUUGGGAACAGGAAUUCAAGCUGCAAAGAAAAAGCAGAGACCUUGGACAGGAGAUGCUAUGCAAACAAUUCAGGCAGUUACGCUAUGAUGAGACCACAGGACCUGAAGAGGCACUGAACCAGCUCUGGGAGCUCUGCCAUCAGUGGCUGCCGCCCGAGAUCCACACCAAGGAGCAAAUUCUGGAGUUGCUGGUGCUGGAGCAGUUCCUGAUCAUCCUACCUGAGGAACUCCAGGCCCAGGUGCGAGAGCAUCACCCAGAGAGCAGGGAGGAUGUAGUCAUUGUACUGAAAGAUUUGGAACCAGAGCUUGGAGAAGCAGGACAACAGGUGGACCCAGACCAGGCAAAGAAACAGAAAGUGCUUGUGGAGGAAAUGGCCUCUGUGAAAGCAGUUCAGGAGCAGCAGGUCCAGCCCAAAUGCGAAGUCCCAAAGCCUGAGAAAGAGAAGGGUGAGGAGACAAGGACUGCGAAUAGGAAGCUGGUUGUUGAGACAUACUCUUGUGGAUCAGUGGAAUCAUCUGGGAAAUUAUCUGAACCCAUUGAAGCUCAUUAUGAGGAUUCUAACUUGGAAAGACAACAGGCCAAGCCCAAUGAGAAAACUGACUAUAAAUGUUUAGAAUGUGGGGAGAGAUUUAUUCAGCACUCAGACCUGAUUAAACAUGAGGGUGUGCACAUGGGAGAAAAGCUCUGUGAAUCUGAAGUUUGUCAGAGUUCAAGUCAUACUGGACAUCAGAAAAUUAGUUCUAGAGUGAAAGGUCAUCAGUGUCACGAGUGUGGGAAAGCCUUUCAGAGGAGUUCACACCUUGUUAGACAUCAGAAAAUCCAUCUUGGUGAGAAACCUUAUCAGUGCAAGGAGUGUGGAAAAGUCUUUAGUCAGAAUACUGGCCUUUUAGAACAUCUCAGAAUUCAUUCUGGAGAGAAACCUUAUCUAUGUAUCCAUUGUGGAAAGAACUUUAGGCGCAGCUCUCACCUUAAUCGACACCAAAGAAUUCACAGUCAGGAGGAGCCCUGUGAGUGCAAGGAGUGUGGAAAAACUUUCAGUCAGGCCCUACUCCUCACUCACCAUCAGAGAAUCCACAGUCAUGCGAAAAAUCAUCAGUGUAACGAGUGUGGGAAAGCCUUCAGUUUGACUUCAGACCUUAUUCGACAUCACAGGAUUCACACUGGAGAAAAACCUUUCAAGUGUAAUAUAUGCCAGAAAGCCUUCCGACUAAACUCACACCUCACUCAGCAUGUGAGAAUCCACAAUGAAGAAAAACCCUAUGAGUGUAAUGAGUGUGGAGAAGCCUUUAGGCAGAGGUCAGGUCUUUUUCAACAUCAAAGAUAUCACCACAAAGAUAAAUUGGCUUGAUGAAACAUCCUGUUUCUGUGGAACGCCAGAGAGGUUACCUUGGCAAGCAAACAGUACUUUGGGAAAAGUCACUCUGGUCAAAUCUGGUAUCAGAGACAUCUUGGGAUCCAAGUUGGAGGCUGUCUGCUUCCAUUCCUUCUCUUUUUUGUUUUCCUUAGAGUCAGCUUUGGACAACAAUAAUUUGGUCCUAGGUGGUACUAUGGGACCAAAGGUAAACAGCAUUCUUUACUGCAGGACUUCUCAGAGACUUUAAUGUGAUAAAUAAGUACUAUAAAUCUCCAAAUAGUAGAGAGCUAGCCUCAUGAUCGAGUAAGGGCUUUGAAAUCAGCAGUGAAUCAAGUGUCCACAGAUUUACAGGUUUAAGCAGAACAAGGGCAGAUUGAUAUUUUUGUGUAUGCUAUAGCAAUAGACUUCUGUAAAAUAAAACUAGGAAUGUUUGGAAACAUAUCACUCAAAGGUGUGUUAAAGUACAGCUCAGUGGUGACCAUACUUCCCCACUGGCAUUGUCCCCACCCAUCCCCACCCCAAUCAGUGAAAAUAUUUUGGAAAGUAAACAUAAUCUGUUGCUGGUUCACUAUAGAACUUGCCCUCAGUGUUAGUUUCAUGCAAUUUUACUGUUUUCCACCCCCAUCCCUGCAACAUUACUUCACUGAUUCAGGUUAUAAAUCAGGUUUUUACUGAGACUAUGGAAGAGAGUUUAUGAGUCAUUUGAGUAAGUUGUGUUGAAUUAACCCAAGUAGCAGCUGUCUAACUCGAUAAACCCAGUGCCAGAAUAGUGGCUAGUGCAUCAACGCUAUUUAAUAAAUAUCCGGUGAAAGAAAUUGUUCUUGUUUUCCUUUAAUAUUUAUGAUGUAAUUUUAAAUGUUACUUGUUCUGGAACUCUUUAAAAAUUAAGACAAACUGGAGAUCAUCACCUUUGUAUUAUGAAUUCUAAACUGUCAUGAUAAUGAUGAAAAUUAAGCUUGGGGGACUCCACAAAAGAACAUAGUACCAGGAUGGUAAACAUUACUUACUGAGUGGUAGUGGCUGUGUAGGGUACUUCUGUCUGGAGAAGACAUCUUAGUCUGCCGUGGGUGUGGGUAGAUUGGUGAGCCCUCAUGUGUUGAACAGGACUAGGUGCGUAGGGUGAGAUCUGGGAGGGUCUCAAAUAUAAGCUUCCUUGUGCUUUCCAUGUGGAGUCAGGAUGUGUCGCCCAGCACAGAGAUACAACUCUGUAGUGGAAGCUCAGUAGAGCUUUCAGUGUCCCAAGUUUAUAUGAGAUCUAAUUUCACAGGCAUGAUUGGUGGAAUCAGUGCCCACGUGGUUGAGAUCAAUCUGCAGCCUUGCCCCCUCCUCCCAGAGGACAGGAGGCGGGGCUGACAGGACUUUGUUCAAGCCCUCAACCUCCUAAUCACAUGGUUGGUCUUUCUGGUGGGGCCAGCCCCCAUCCUAAGACAACAGGUGUGAUUGGCCCCGCCCUGUCAUUCUUAUUAGCUUAUGAACUAUCAGGUAUGGCCCUUGGGCCCACUAUGAAUAACAAAAGACAUGGGAAAUUCCAAAGAUUUUCAUUACCCUACAACCAUUUUCUGGACAGUUACCAAAUCUUUAGGAGAAGCAACUAUAACCUUUUGAGACACUAAGGUGUUUCAUGUGAAGUCAGUCAUAUCCCAUUGCUAAGGAAGCCACACAGCUCUGUAUCUUUCAUUUUGCCUUUAUGAGUAGAAGUAAGUUGAUGUCAAGGAUUUUUAUUUUGAGGUCUGUGCUAAAGAGAGUACCUAAACAUCGAGCUCCAUGUCACAGUUUAAAUCUAUUUGAUUCUGUUCAGUUUAAGAAAGAAAGUAUAUAGAAUAUUAUUAUUAUUACUAAAAAGCA